CAGAAUGGAAGGCUCGGCAACAGAAGAGAAAGGUUCCCCCAAUGGGUUAACAAAGAGAUCAUCAACAGUUUCCUUCACAAAACAGAUUCAUACGAACGGAAGAGAGCACCAAGGAUCUGUGACAUCGUUUCGAAAUUCCUCCACAGCUCCACUCUACAGUUCAAAAGAACUCCUGAAACAAGGUCUCGUAGAGAAAUAUACAUCAUGUCGCUGGAUGGUGACGUUUUCUUGUUUUAUUAUCGUCACGUGUUCUAUUAUGUUACGUCAGUGCAUGAGUAUGGCAGUCGUCUGCAUGGAAUCUAAUUACAACGCUGCUACAAACUUCGUUGACAUGGGAAACUACUCAAAUGUAACAAGAAAUUUGACAACACAGAGAGGGCUUUGGGACAUUGUUUGGGACAGUGAGAUGGAGGGGCUGAUUUUACAAUCCUAUUUCUACACUUUUCCCAUCACGCCUCUCAUUGGCGGGUAUCUGUCCGGGAAAUUUAGCGGGAAGAUGGUAGUGAUUGUCAUGACGUUGUGCCUGGUUACCUUGUCUGCCGUCACGCCCAUUGCUGCGACAGUCAGUCCGUACAUUGUAGUGGUCUUACGUUGUUUGAUAGGGUUAUCUUCGGGAGGUCUGCAGCCAAGUAUUACAGCCAUUCUUUCCAAAUGGGCACCUUUGUCUGAGCGUGCGCAAAUAGUCGCUGUCGCGAAUGCAGGUUUAAUGAUUGGUUCCAUAUUUACCUUUUCCGUGUCGGGACUUUUGUGUACCAUUCCAAUACAUAACGGAUGGCCUUUCAUAUUCUACGUCUUCUGUAUACUCAAUGUGUUCUCUCUGUUGUUAUGGGUGUGUAUUGUGUAUGACAGACCAGAUGACCACCCAAGAAUUACGUGGAAAGAAAGGGCUCUCAUCAAUUAUAAAAGGAGGUACAGUACGUUAGAAAAGAUGCCAUCGCCUCCUUGGUUGAAAAUCUUGACCUCUGGUCCUUUUUGGGGACUGCUGAUGGCCCAUAUGUCACAUGGCUUCCUGUUUACGACAAUCGGAACUUUUCUUCCCUUAUAUAUGAGCGAUGUUUUGAAGUUUGAUAUAGCAACGAAUGGCCUCCUGUCCUCUCUCCCUUUCAUUGGCCGAUUCAUUGGGGCCAUCGGAAGUGGAAUAUUGGCAGACAAUUUGAUGACGAAAGAAUAUCUUUCGGUAACCGCCACCAGAAAGAUUUUUCAUGCGUCUGGUAUAGUAUUAUCUACGCCCUUCUUGAUUUGGAUGAGUUACAUGGAACAGUCGGAGAGGACAACAGCUGUCAUUUUACUUGUGACAUACUGGACAGUCCAAUCUCUGAAUAACUCGGGCUUCCGAGUAAACCACAUCGAUAUCGCACCAAGGUUUGCUGGUGUUUUGAACGGCAUGACUGCCACUAUGGCUUCAGUUGCUGCCCUUAUAUCACCCAUAAUUACAUCGGAAUUGACCAAAAACGGCACCCCGGCUGAGUGGCAGACUGUUUUCUUCAUCUGUUCUGGAGUGGGCCUGGCCGGAGCUCUGGCCUUCGUUCUCCUCGGCAGUGGCCUGGAACAAGAAUGGGCGAAAGACCCCAACAUGAAUGUUGACAUUGAUAUAUCAGUAACCGAGGAAAAGACGCAGCAUUUCAACGGGGAAGGUACAAUUGCUGUUGAUCGUGAGGAAAAUGAUAGAAUGAAUGAGAUGAUCGAUACAGCAAGUCAUGGCGGAAAUGUAAAUAAAGCCUUUGAUGAGGAAGUAAUGGAAGGAAUUAUUGGCCAUGUAAAACUGUCCUCCUCCUUUAAAGUCCAGUCACGUGAUUUUGUUGUACCCAAAAGGACCGUUGUGGAAUCCUCUGAUGACAAAAGCGAUUUUAAAAAUAAAACAAGAUCAAAUGAAGUAUGUCAUUCAAGAAGAAAUAGUGAUACAUCUGUUUUUCUACAGAGAACAAAACACAGUAGAGAUAACUUGAGAUUGUAUUUACCGAACAGUAAUAAUGAAAUAAACCAGUUGCAUUACUUAGAUGAUGACAAGCAUAAAGCUGGUGAACUUGAGAUUACUCGUCUCUGAUAAACUUGGAAUUAUAUCCCAGGUCAACUGUAAAAAGAUGAUAUAAAUAAAAGAUGAUAUGAUUUA